AUGUUCAAUGCUGGGAGAUACUUCAGAGCAGGCUACCACAAGAAGAAGAUCUUUCAUGUAAAGGGGAGCAGACAAUUUUAUGGAUUCGCCAAAUGUAGGAAGGUGCAGACGAAUGCCAUCAAAAGAAAAGAUAGAAUAAAAAGGGGGAAGUUUUUACAAUUCAAGGAAAAGCUGCAACUCAUCAUUUUCAGUUCCGUGUACUUUUUUGCGUGCGACUAUGUUUACCACGUGUAUUUGCUCAGAAGCAACGACAGUAGACCCGCAAACCAUGCCUCCAACAACACCGGCGAAGACGUGAGGAAUGAUGCAAAAUGCAAAGACCAACAUAGCGGUGGGAAGGGGGGGGUUGGCACAACCAUGAUGGAGUAUAUAAAAUGGAUGAACAUAUUUUCCAGUGCACAGGGUAAGGAUAACCAAGAAUUAAAGCAACAGGACAAUGAAUGUACUAGAAAAAAUGACGGCCACAAAAUGAAGAAUCAAAAAGAUUCCCAUAAAAAGGACCAUCUCUUGAACAACAGGGGUGAUAUAAAAAUUUGCAGCGUAUGUGAGGAAGACCCAUACGAAAUAAAGAUAAAUCGCUUUAAACGAAGCAGUGGGAAGGAGGAAAGUAGUCAAACGGGGAAAGGUGAGAAAUAUGGCGAAUCAUUCUAUUUCGGAAAUCAGAGAGAUCAACCUCCUAGCCACGAUCGGAGUAGCAGUGGACGGAGCCCCCCUAACAAUAGUAUCCCCCAGCGAAGCAGCAUAGGGGGGGAGGAAAAAAACAUGAAAAAUUUAUUUGUAAGUAACGUAUAUAGGAAUGAUCUUUUCAACGGGUGCAACUUAUUUCUGUUCGCCAACGGGGUUGUAUUCCUAUGUUGGCGUCUAAGUGAAAUCGCAGGAAAUAAAAAAUUUUUUCAUUUCAUGUGCAGGAACUUUAUCUGCUCAUAUGAAAAUAUUAGAAGAAAAUAUUACCACACGUUUUUUACAGCCGCCAUUAGCCACAUCACUCUUCCUCAUUUUUUAUUUAACAUGUGGGCAUUUCAUACCAUAAGUAACACCUUACUGAGUCCAGAAAUUAAAGAAAACAAAACAAAUUAUUAUUUUUUCUUUAAUUAUAAAUCCAGCGUUUUGGAAAAAAAAAUGACUGACAAGGAUAUCAUGAAAAUAUAUGCCUUAUCUUCGAUCGUUUCCACUGUCCCAUAUAUUCUUUUACAUAGAAGCAAUCAAUUGUUAGGAGCAUCUGGAGCUGUCAUGGGUCUUGUGUACAUUUUAUCCACAGUUAAACCAAAUGAAAUCUUCGUCUCUUUAUUCCCUCUACCAUACUUAAAGAUGACUUCCUUACAGUUAUGCCAUCUGUCCAUUUUAACCAAUUUUAUAUUUCUGUUUUAUAGAAGAAAUCACUUCAACGUUGCGUGGUUAGCACAUUUAUUCGGUUUAAUGGGAGGGGCCUUGUAUAAUGUUUACCAGAGAAGAAUAAACAGUAAUAAGAAUUACUACCCUUUUAUUGAAUUGUCCGUAAAAAAUGGAUCUAUUGAUUAUCUGAACUCUUACUUAGACUUUGUAGAUUUUCUCAAAUGUCUGCAGCUCCAAAUUAGGAUUUUCUUUUCCCUCGACCCACGCGCCAUUCAAAGCAUGAACAGGAAAAUCGUCUCCAUUAAAAAUAUGCAGUCGCAAAGGCGCAUCAAGUACCAUAAGUUGAAGGUUAAAAAUUUGGAGGCCAUGUCCAAGUGA